CAAACAUCCUAUUUUUGUUAGAUUAUGAUAAUGAAAUACUCAUAUUAAUGAAAUAUCCAUCAAACAUUUCAAAAGGUAACCUCGAUCCACCCAAAAACAAGCUUUUAAUCGCCGCUCGGAGCCCGUUUCCGAAGAAAACAAUUAUCUAGGUCAUUAUGCAAAUUCGCCCUGAGCUGACCGGAGGUGACGUAUUACUAGGGACACAAUGAGGAUAUAGGAACUGGGUCAGUCUAUUCAACGUGUUCAAUGCAUGUCAAGUUGAACAAUGAGCGACACAGAUUCCACAAUAUCUUCGGAUCUGAGUGACUUUGAUGUCUGGCCAGAGUGUGAAGAAGGUGCCGAAGGUACAGAAGAGAACGUGGAGGAAGGCGAUUGGGCAAUUCAGCCAUACAUGUUCGAACCAGAGGCGGAGGAGGAAGAGGAACAUUCCGACGCUGCUGAUGAAGAAAUGGCUGGUGAUGACGGAGCCGGAGCGGCUCUCGUUGAUCACACAGUUGUGGAAAACUGGUGCACCUGUGGCUCCUGCCAAGUUCUACCUACAAGGGGCGAGUGUGUUUGUUGUCGGCAGGUCGCAGAGUUCGGAGAGAAGAUGGAGGGGCUGGAGUGUUUCACACGCCAUGAAGACUUUGCCAACGCCUGCCUGAAUAGGACAGUUUUAGAAAUUGCCUGGUUGCAGUAUCGACAGCAGUAUGGCAAGCAAGCCUACGAUGGGCCACUCUUUAAAAAGUUGCGACAUGUUGCCUACAGGCAAGUUGUCAGGUGGACCUACGGUUACCUCGGGAAAGACAUUCGGGUCGUGAUCCCUUCCUGUGUUGUUUGUAACAUUCGUGCUGUGUUCCCUGCUCCUGGACUGGAGGAAGAUGCCUAUUAUCAGGGAUUUGUUGAUGGACAGUAAUGGCAGGAUUGUAAAAUUUGUGAAUUACCAUGCAGAAUUAAUAUAAA